CGCGAACCCCAAACAUAAUCCGAACGACGAACGAAUGUUUCUUCUGUCAGCGAACAUGGAACGUCUCCCACAAAAACAUAAAUAAAUGGCCACCGUUGUUAUUACGUUUUUCCUUCUCACGCGAUUUUAUGUUUAUAAAAUGGACGCCGAGCUCCCGGUUAGGCGAAGGAGUGGAGAAAUAUCGCGUCGCGAGAAAAGGUGGAGCAUGAACUCACAGAGGCUGGAAGAGAUCGUGGCGGAGCUGAUGAAGCCCAUCAGCGACGUCCGCCGCAGCUUCGACACGGACCUCAACGCGUUAUUGGAGGAGUACCUGACGGAGGCGGGGCUUCACGCGCUGGAGGCGAGCGAGGGGGAGGAGGAGGGAGAGGGCCCCGGGGUGGGGGGCUGCGUGGCGCCCAACUUCGCGGAGCUGGCGCUACUGCUGCAGCACUCCGCCAGCGUGUACGGCCGCAAGGUGGACUGCCUCUACCAGCACGUGCUGUCCGUCAGCGACUCGCUGCAACACCAAGCCCAAGAGGUAGAGCGGGAGGAGGCUGAGACGGGGCCCUCGGGCGGGGGCAAGCGGCGGAGGCAUACUUCCGGUGCGGGAGGGGCGGGGGUGGGGGUGGGGUUCGAACCUAUAGAGCUAUCUCCGUGCGCCGCUUGUACGCGGGAGGCCGGCCCCGCGCGCCCCCCGCCCACCCUGCCGCGCGUCUACGUGGAGCUGGAGCCCCGCACGCUCACCGCUCACGACAGGCCGCUCACCGACUACAAGGGGGAGCCCAUCGGGCUGUUGGCCGACUUCCAUGCCGCCUGGAGGCUGCAGGAAGGCAUGCUGGUGGACGAGCUGGAAGGUUGGGACGGAGGCGGGGAUGGGGGCGGGUCUCGCAGCUUGCGGCCCAUCCCCCUCAUGGAGCUGCAGGCCGCCAUACAGGCCGCCGCGCCCCCGGAACUGCCCCCGCGACCCGGGACCCCCCCGCCCCCGCCCCCACCUCUACUAUCGCCCCCCAUGUCGCCCCUCCCCGAGUGUUCCACCCCGCAACCAUUGUGCGCCAGCACGCCGCUGCAAAUGUUGCCAGUUAAGAAGGAGAGGAAAAGGAAGAGCGAAGCCAAGAUUGAGGACCUGAUGAGCGGAUCUUUCAAGAUUCUCAUUAAUAAAAAAGUACGUCGGCGAUUGCAGAAAUUACAAGAAUUUAGCUUACAAGAGAGUUGGGUGAAAGAAGUAGUAGAACUACGGAGCCGACAUAUCCUGCGGCACCGGCGGCUGUGUCCACAACACUGUACAGAAUUUCGAGGCUUCGAAAGUUUACAGAAGGAUGUAGGAGGAUUCCCCGGGUGGAGUAGCAGCGAAGCAGCCGAGGCACACGCCGCGGCCACCAUCGCAGCGGGCGCGGCCGCUGUCGUGACGGGCGCGGCUACAAUACCAGCGGGCGCCGACGCCGACAGCGACGACGACGGCUUCUUCGAACAGAGCUCCCUCGGAGACUCCGACGCCUCGCGGGUCGACGACCACAUCACACCUACCAAUACGUCCAGCUCUUUCGGUGAUUCCUCGUCGUGGCAGGCGGAGAUAUUAUCCCGGGCGGAGGCUAACGCGGCGCGGGGGCUGGAUGUGCGAGCGUUUGCUUCCAGGGUGAUGGGGUCAUUGCCCUCCGCGCCCCAAACAUCAGCCCCCGUACAUUCGGUGUUAAAAGGAGCGGCCGAUACGCACGAAGUGGCCGGACUGUUCCUCGCCACGCUGUUCCUGGCGAACGCUGGCAACGUGGAGAUCAUUCAAGGUGGACCGUUAACCCUGAACUCGUUCUCAGUUCGCCUCCUGUCCACCGACGAGCGCCUCUACUGCGCCGCCGCCGCCGCCGAUAUCGCCGCACUGGCAGAACCGCAUCGGUGAGACCAACACCAGCGACAAAACAACACGAUGACUCAACUGUGAUCGCUAACAAUAAAAUACUGGACCCAGUCAACUGUGACAUCGCUGUCGAUGAAACACUGGCCGAAACACCACUCCAAGUGAACUGUGACUCAGUGCUAGCUAAACAAACUACAAAUAACUAAGUAUAACAAAAA